UUUUUUGAAUAUUUUUUAUCUUAGAUAAUGGAAUUAUCUGAGGCAGCUCAAAUACAUCAAGGGUUGCAAGAAAAAGAUACAAACAAUUCAUUGCAUAAUAUGAAAGCAAUUUUAAAAACAUGGAAGAAUCGGUUGCCAGUUGUUGCUGAUGACUUAAGUCAUUGGAGUGACGUGUUUGUUUGGCGACAACAUCAUUACCAAUUUGUUAUUGAAUAUUGUUCCCGACCCGAACAAUCCACAAAUGCAGUAUUAGGUGUUCAUGCCUCUGCUCAAGCUAUAAUACACUUUGGCAAAGUUAGCCGUAAACAUAAUUUAACUGGAGUUUGUCUUCAAACAUUAUCUCGAUUGUAUACAAUACCUAAUGUACCUGUAGUUGAUUGUUUUCAUAAAAUUAGACAACAGGUAAAAUGUUAUAUGCAAAUGGCAUCCAUAUCAUCAAAUAAACACGAAAUUCAAGAUUGUUUGGAAGCUAUUGAGAGAACAAAUUUAAAAUUUUUUCAAAGUGAAAUGACUGCUGAAUUCUAUGCACUCAAAGGAAUGCUUCUAGGUCAAAUUGGUAAAUCUGAAGAAGCGCACAAAGCUUUUUCAGCAGCUGUGCAAUUACAUGAUUCUAUGGUUAAAGCUUGGGCACUUUGGGGCGAGUAUAUGGAAGAGUACUUUACUAAAAGUUAUCCAAAUCAAACAAUGCAAACUGGUGUAGCUGCAAUAAUAUGCUUUCUACAAGCUUGUCGUCAGCAAAAUGAGUCUAAAUACCGAAAAUAUUUGGCUAAAGUAUUGUGGCUAUUAACUUAUGAUGAUAAAGAAUAUUCAUUGCUUAGUACAGUUGAUACACAUUUUAAUGGAGUUCCGCCUGCAUUAUGGUUGCCUUGGGUGCCACAGUUAUUAACUACAUUGGCAAGCGAUGGCGGUUCUUUAUUACAAAACUUAUUAAUACAAGUUGGAAGAUUGUAUCCACAAGCUGUGUAUUUUCCAACAAGAACAUUAUACUUUACUCAUAAAAUUGAAUAUAGGGAACGUUGUAGAAAUUCUGAAUUAUUAGCUGCAGCUAACAAGCAAUCACACAUUAAUGAUACUUCGCAAAAUUCUACAUCUACUCAAAGCACUGGAUUAACUGAUUCCUCUUUACGUGCCACACCUGCAAUGGUACGUUUUUCUAAAGUAAUGCAUCAGCAACGAGAAGUUCAUCCAACAAUUGUACUAACUUUAGAAGGCAUAGUAGAUCAGGUAAAUAUUUCUUUUUUAACUGUAUUGACCCGUGUCCAGUAUUCAUAUUUUGCUAUCACAGCAGCUAAAUAAUGCUGAUGAAAUUUACUUGUACCUAACAUAAUUUCUAAACAUCAAUACAGUGAAACCUCUAAAUACCAGACACUGUCUAUCGCUGUAACUGUAUCUGCUAUUUAGAGGUUUUGCAAAAAGUUUAUAGUUUAUUCCUAAACAACCAUCCGAUAUUUGUAGGUGCUUGUUUGGGAAGGUCACUGUAUUU